AUGAAGAAAGAAAUUUUAUCAAAACAAUUUAAAUCUAUAGAUAAUUCAAUGCAUCGAAGUGGCAAUCAAGGCGAAAAUAAUAAUUCAAAAAAUGUCAGUAAUGAAAAUAAAAUUGAAAUUGAAAAUAUCGAAACAAUAACUCUCCCGCCAAAAUUCAUUGAUUGUUCAAGGUCUGAUUUAGUUGCAUUGAUAGCAAGAAUGCUAUCAUUUUUAAUCGAGAUGAACGACAAUGAUCCAGCUAAUACAAAUUAUUUAAAUGAAGAGCCAAAUAAUAGAUCAGUAAUGAAUUUAACAAGAUUUCACUCAAGAGUACCUCCAAAUAUAUCAGUUUACAAUUAUUUAAUUAGAUUGACAAAAUAUUCUUCUCUAGAGCAUUGUGUUUUAUUAUCAACAGUAUACUAUAUCGAUUUAUUAUCUAGUGUAUAUCCAGAAUUUAAAAUAAAUUCCUUAACUGUACACAGAUUUUUAUUAACCGCCACAACUAUAGCUAGUAAAGGAUUAUGCGAUUCCUUUUGUACAAAUUCGCACUAUUCAAAAGUUGGAGGUGUUCAUUGCAGUGAAUUAAACAUACUAGAAACUGAAUUCCUACGACGAGUUAAUUAUAGAAUAAUACCAAGAGAUGAUAAUAUUAAACUUUGUAAAAUUGAACAUCAACAAAAUAAAUUCACUAUGGAUUUUAGCGACCUUUCUAUGGUUGGGAUGACUGUCCAAUCAAACCAUCAAAAUAGUGGGUUUAAUAUCUUAGAUAUUUACUAUCAUAAAAUCGUUCAAUUAGUUGGAUCUUUUAGCGCAUCUUCUGACAAGUCAAGAAAGGCAAAUUAUACCCUUUUAUUAUCAGGAAAUAAUAUGGAAAAGGAAGUAUCUAAUAAUAUAAAAGAAAAUUCAAAUGGUCAAAAUAUUGGAGAAUCUGAACAGGCUAUUUCUUCAAAACUUUCAAGAGAUCCUCCACCGAAGAGAAAUUUUGAAACAAUUAAUAAUGAAAGACAAACAACUUAUACAAAUAAUACCACAAAUGAGACUGAAUCAUCAAAAAGGCUCCAGAAAUAUUCAAUAACACGAACAGAUUCCAUCGAAUAUGACAAAAGCAAAAGAAAUAAUGCAUAA